AUUAUAUUUGUAAACAAACGGAGCAAUCAUUUGACGCAUAAUUGCAUUCAUUUUCAAUACACCGAUCGCUUGAGACUCCCGAAGAAUGUCCUUUUGAUGCUAAACACAUCACUCACACUACACAAGAGGGAAGUAUUUGUUGACAUAAACAAUGGCCAAGUCUUCGGCCAACGACUGGAACCAUUUGUUCACUUAUGACACUCUGGUUCACGCCAUCUCCGGAUCUGUUGGAGGGAUGACUGCGAUGUCUGUGUUCUUCCCGUUGGACACAAUCAGAUCGCGCCUACAGUUGGAAGAGAACCGCAAACCAAAGGACACGAUAACGAUGUUGAAGGAGUUGGUGGCCGAGGAGGGCCUGGAAGGCCUAUACCGAGGCCUACGACCAGUUCUGGUGAGUCUGUGUGCCUCUGGUUUCGUCUAUUUCUACACAUUUCAUGGCUUAAGAGCGGUCUUCGGAUCCAAUCCAUCCAAAGGACAUUCGGCGCUAAAGGACUUAACUUUGGGCGCAAUCGCUGGUGUGGUGAAUGUGUUGAUGACAACCCCUCUAUGGGUGAUAAACAUGAGGAUCAAAAUGCAAGGCACGCGAGUGAACGACGCCGACCGACAGCUCCGCAAAUACCCGCACUAUGAAGGAGUGCUCGACGCCAUCCUCAAGAUAUCCCGAACCGAAGGUCUGUUAACCCUAUGGAGCAGUACAUUGCCGUCACUGGUGUUGGUGUCCAACCCGGCCCUACAGUUCAUGAUCUACGAGCUUCUAAAACGCGAGGCCCAGCAGCUGCUGAAGACUAAUCACUUGAGCGGAACCGUUGUGUUUAUGUUGGGCGCCAUCUCCAAGAGCAUCAGUACUGUCGCCACUUAUCCAUUACAAGUGGUUCAGUCCAAACAGAGGUACGGCACCGAAGAGGCGAAGAAGAUGUCGAUGAUUGAGAUAAUGCGAUGGAUUGUGCGCCGCAAUGGUGUGGGCGGUCUGUAUAAGGGCUUGGAGUCCAAGCUGUUGCAGACCGUACUGACCACUGCGCUCAUGUAUCUCUGCUACGAGAAAAUCUCUACCACAGUGUUUCAAAUCAUGAGAGGUUCACAACGAGCCAAAAGUCAAUGAAUUUGUUUGAUUUUUGUGUAGAUUUUCAUUUAUAGAGAGUUUUUUAUAUAGAAAAAAGUGUUUUUUAUUUUUAAUUAUUUUUUAUGAAUCAAUAAUAAAGAAAUUAAUGAGAAAACGGG